UGGCGAGUUACAACAAGUAACAACAACUGUCAAAUUGUCAUAAUUAUUGUCAAUUUUAUCGCAAUUUUUUUAUGAAAAAUUAAUUUGAAUAUUAAGCAAAAAUGUCGGGGAAAGUGAAGAAAAUAGUAAGAUUGAAGCAGAAGACGGAGAGAGACGAAAAAGAAAUCCAAAAGACACUUGGAGUCACGGACAUUAAUUGGAUUAUUAAAAAUUGCAAUUACGAUGAUAUGCAUGGCUCUGAUCAUACGUCAGGAUCAUUCGAAAUCGCAGGUGUACCAAACAGAAAAUGGUAUAUUCAAUUCUUUAAAACCAAUUACGAAUCUUUUCAUUCAUUGAAAAAUGCCGAAAGAAAAUACAUUCGAUUCCUUCUCUACAAUGACUCGAGUUAUAAGCAUAAUUUUGAGAAUUUAAUGAAAAUCAAAUUUGUAUUUGGAAUAAUACCGCGAAGGAAGGUAUUCAGCAAGGUUACAAAUUUAUUAUCUCACUACGAAAUUCUUAUCGACGAGGACGAAUUAACUCAGUUCAUUACGUCCGCACGUUGCUUACACGUGAAUUUAAAAAUAAAACCAUUAAGAGACGUGGAGAAAAUGUCAACGGUUGUCAACAAUUUUCAUCCAUUUUUCAACAAUAAUUCCCUCAGCGACGUUAUAUUUCUAAUUGGAAAUGAAGAAAUUCCAGCGCAUAAAUUAAUGCUCGCCUCGGUGAGUCCAGUUUUCGAGGGAAUGUUCUCGCAUCAAAUGAAGGAAAAUCUAACGAAUAUCGUUCAAAUUGAGAAUAUCGAUUCGAAUGCCUUCAAGGAAAUGUUACGAUAUAUUUAUAUCGGUCAAAUUGAAAAUCUAAAGAACGUUGUCUUUGGUCUCUACGAAUUGGCCGACAAGUACGAUAUUGGAAAUUUGCGAAUAAUUUGCGAAGAAUUUUUCGAAAGAUGUUUAUCAAUUGAUAAUGUGAUUGCAGUUUUGGAACACGCCGAUCGACAUAAUUCCGAUAAUUUGAAAAACGAAUGCAUUGCAUUUAUGGAUAGGAAUUUCGAUAAAGUUGGCAAUACAGAGGCAUUUAGAAGAAUUCAUAAAGACUUGCUGUUAGAUUUUAUUUACGUCACGAGAAAUUGUUUUAAACCAAGCAACAAUUGAUUUCUUUUUAUUCCGUCGACAGGAAAACUUUUUUUACGUAAAGUUUGUGUUCGUAAGUAAAAAUCAAGUUCUAAAUGGAUCUCAAGUAGUCAUUAAGAAAUUUAAUGAAAGAUUUAAAUUUAAGAAAAAAAUGUGAUACUUAAGAAUACUUAGAAAAAGAAUAUUAAGAAUACGAAAUAUUAAAAGAUAAUUCUUAAUUUUGUUUAAAAAUGCUCCGCCAAAAAUUCUUUGCAUCUAAUGUUUCCAAAGAAAAGUUUAAAAAGUUUGUUUGAAAAAUGUUUAUAUUGUAUAAACUUUGUUUUACUUGUCCAAUUUAUAGUAUUAAACGAAAAAUGUUUAAGCGAACAAUAAUCGCAGUUGUAUUGCCAGACGGUUAAAUAUAUUUUUCUAUCAUUGUAAAAAAAUCCACUUCUUUUGUUAAAUUAUUUUUUAAUUAUAUUUAUUUAUUUAAUUAUUAAUUUAAUUUAACUCCAU